UGCUCAUGUGAUCAGCUGUGUCCAAUCACAGCUGAUCGCGAGCUGUCAUGCUGAUAGCUCGAGAGGAGAGGAGAGUAGAGCCGGUAAUCGGAAUCCCUCUGAGGGGAUAUUUACACUGAUCAUCAGGGCAUUGAUGAUCAGUGUGCCCUGAUGAUCUGUGUAGCCCCAGCAGUGCCACCUGUCAGUGUCCAUCAGUGCCAGCUGUCAGUGCUCAUCCAUGUCACCUGCCAGUGCCCUUCAGUGCCACAUCAAUGCCACAUAUCAGUGCCUACCAUUGUACAUCUAUACCACAUAUCAGUGCCCAUCUGAGCUGCCUUUCAGUGUCACCCAUCAGUGCCAGUCAGUGCCACCUAUCAAUG